AUGACAAUGCACAAGCAAAGAAAUGGAGAAAUAAUCACAGUUGGCACUGGUGGGACAGAGGAAAGAGAGAGGAGAAUGACACCCACUGGAACUGAUUUAAGGACGCUGCCUCCACGAUUUGUGCUGAAAAUCCAAGUGCUCGUGCUGGGGGCUGCGCGGCCCGGCUGUGGGGGCGCGGAGCUCCGGGAGUCCGAGGACGGGCACACGCUGCUGCGCCUCAUCAUGGAGCUCGUCCAGGAACUUAAGAAGUAUCACUCGGGGGAGCCCAAGCGGCUGCCGCUCCUCGGAGCGCAGGACUGCACUCGGCGCUGCCAGGAGGCGGCGGGCUUCGGGCCUUCGCCCGAGGAGCAGAGAGUGGAAAUUGUUCCUCGAGAUCUGAGGAUGAAGGACAAGUUUUUGAAACACCUUACAGGCCCUCUUUAUUUUAGUCCAAAGUGCAGCAAACACUUCCAUAGGCUUUAUCACAACACCAGAGACUGCACCAUUCCAGCAUACUACAAAAGAUGUGCCAGGCUUCUUACUCGGCUGGCUGUCAGCCCCGUGUGCAUGGAGGACAAGCAGUGAGCAGAGCUGCACAGGAACAGCACACCAGGAGCCAUGAGAAGUGCCUUGGAAACCAACAGGGAAACAGAACUACUAUCUUUAUACACAUCUCCUUGUGAACAAGAGGUUUAUUUUUGCAGACAGACUCUUCCAUAGUUUCUUUGAGUUUUGUAUGUUGACACUGUUUGCAGAUAUAUAUCAGGUAAAUCAGUGUACCUGAAGGUGAUCCUUAUUUUACAAAACAAAAGAGAAUGCUCCACAUUGGAUGUGCAGAGCUAUAAAUAAAGACAGAAUAUUUCAUUUUUUCUGAUUAGGUGAAAUCACAAAGAAUAUUUCUUUAGAAACAUAGGCAGAAUCUUAAACUAUAUUUUCAUAUAGCAUAUGGUAUGAUUUGAUAUUUUGUAUUACUUUUACAAUCCCCAGAGUAUUAUUUGGAAUGGCAUGAAAAAGAAAUUCAGUCAUAUUUUAGAGUAGUACAGUGUAAAUCUGUGAAUUUAUCCAGGCUAAUUCCAUUUGUCCUUUGUAUAAUAAAUGUAAAAUAGUAUUCCAGCUAUUGUGCAAUAUGUAAAUACUGUAAACACAAGUAAUAAAUGAAGUGUUUGUUAUAAUGAAUAGUCUUCAAAGUGACUCUUUAUCACUCUAACAAGUUCACUGUUGAGUAUUCAUGAUUUACAAAUCUACCAAGAGAUCAUUACUUUGGCAGGAUGUCACAGAAUAUAAAAGGCAUCAAUAAAUGAAACUUCAAGCCUAGGAAUUUCUGCAAAGAUAAUCAACAUUUCUUUUGAAAGUUACUACAGUAAUACAGUAGGCAACAUAGUGUCUUAAGAUAGGCCCUGAUUUGGUAGUAAAUAUUCCAAAUAAGAUUGUAUCCACCAUUUCCCAUGUGAUUUUGUAAUCAUGAAAAUGCUAAGAGGAACCUGAAGUCUUACAGUCCCAGAUUUUUACAGGUAGAAACAUUUUAAACAAAUUUAAUUGGAACCAGUUUAAAAAGUCAAAUGCAGUAAAGCAGGAGUUUCUCUGUUCAUCUGAGCCCUUAUAUACAAAUGAUAUUAGUCUGAAUACAGUCAUAAGGACAAAGUAGUCAUAAGAGUCCUGUGAUUUGAGGACCUAUAUUUAUAGAGGCCAAAAUUAAAGAAAACCACAUAAGAUUUUAUUUACGAACACAAAGGAACAGAAAAGAGUAAGAAAUUCUGACUCCAGUAUUAUUAAAAGCAAUUACCAAACAAAGACAGAGUAUAACCUUAUAGUGUUCUUAUUUAAUACUGUUUUUUCAAUCGCAGCUGAUCAGUCUUCUCAAUUCUUUACAUGUUAGGGAUACAGUGAUCAAAUACCAAAGUGAUUUCCCUUAUAAAUUUUCUGUAUGUCUGAGUAAUUCUACCAGGAGUGAGGCUCACUUGGUUAGCAAACUGUCUUCCUGUGAGGUCAUCAUGGUCCUUCCAUGUGUCACAGUGGGGAAAGCUACUCACACUCUCAUGGGCAGUAAAUCAAGGGCUCAUCACCUCCCUCCUCCCCACCACCACCAGAAACCCUUAUGAUACUAAAGUCAGGAGGACAAAUGCCUCGACCAGGCAGUCAUGAAUCACUCAUUCCUCCAACUCUCCUGUCUUCUGGGCAAUGAUCCAUUCAGCCUUUGCAUGAGAAGUGCUUUUUUUAAACUAAAAGUUCUCCAAGGAGCUAAGGUCACCAGCAAGGAACAGAGGAUCUAGACAGAGCACAGCAAACUGUCCCUCCCCUGCUGAGCUAAACAGGAGGGCUCAGCUUGGGGGAUGUUGAGUCCAGAGGAUGGUGUAGGCAAGGACAUUUCCAGCUGCAGGGAACUCAAACUUCUUUUCAUAAACUAAACAUUAUUAUAUGGGCUGGCAAUGUGCUUAUUUUCAUUAUCUUGCUUCCUAAUCCUGAAGAUAAAUAUGCAUAUACAACAUCACAGAUCAUUUGAAAAGGACAACACAGACAAUGUUCUCAGAUGUUUCUUCAUUUGUAAAUAAAAAGUAGGCAGACACCAGAUUCCUAUCUCAGUUGUAUUUUUAGAACUACCCAGUUUGUUUUCAAAACAAUCUUUUCUGACAUACGUCCAUAUGAAUUUCACAUUGGUUACUUCAAAGUACACAAAAACUACCUAUAUUUGUCUAUAAAUUUAUUAAACGCUCAUGAAAGAAUACUUAACAUAUCAGUAUUCAAGCAUGCCUACAAAAUACAACUCUUUCCAACUUUUAAAUUAUUUUUUCCCACCUAAGCCAAUUUAUAUUUGACAUCUGGGCUACAAGUACAUA